GAAUUCAUCUGGUGUGCUUUCCUAUUCCUGUGGUAGAGGCUAGAUCAAAGUGAGCGCGCGCCCGUCAGGAACGUCACGCGCAGGGUGGGAAUCAGUCAGUGGAACAGUAGAACGGCUGCGUGAGUUCCAGGAAAGUUCGAUACGCCCUUCUGACGAGUUCCCUGUUAUACUGGCAAAUAGGGAAGUGUGAGGUAGACCAUUAUUUUUCACGGUUUAAACUACUCGUCUGGGCUUUUCGUGAGUUCGUAACUGAACCCAUGUGAUUAAUUUGUCUACAGCGUGGUUAGUUAAUUCGUUUUCUUUCAUUUUUACUUUACGGACGAAGCAACGAAUUGUCAGAAAGUUACAGUCAAAAGGACGAACAGGAUGUUUUCCACAUUUCUUCUUUGUCAGAUCAUCCUCACACUCAUCUGCCAAACACAUUGUUACGAACCCACAGUGAAGGACUUAAAGUGUUUCAAUGACUUUGAGACAGAAAUGAAGUGCAGUUUGGAGUCUGACGGCCCCAUAAGUUGCUCUGGAUACAAACUCAAUAUCACACAUACUGAAGCAGAUUUGUUAAAAGAAUAUACAUGCAUCUUUGAGAGUCAUCACAGUCUCAGUUGUGAAUGUAAAGUUGAAGUCCAAGGGUUUGUUUUAGGAGAGAAGUUCACUACUACACUUCUGGAAGGAACAAACGUUUUAUUAAGCAAAACAUUCAUGACAGACGAUUUCAUCAAACCGAAAACUCCAGUUUUAUCAGUGCAGAAGACUGAAAAUGGAAAUUUUCAUGUAACUUGGGAUGACAAGUACACAAGUUAUCCUGCAGGAAAUUUAAAAAACAGUUUGGAAAUACAUCUGAGCUAUAGGAUUAAAGGAGAAGAUAAAACAGUGUACAGCAAUGCGUCAAAUUCAGCGGGAUUCUAUGAUAUUGUGAGCAAACAUCUCCAGCCAAACACCGACUACAUUCUGACAGCAAGAAUGAGCACAAGCUAUAACGGACACAAGAUACUGAGUGACCAGAGCGCACCAGUUGAGUUCACCAGCCCCUCAUCUCCAAAUGAAAUGGUCAAAACGUUGGUUCCACCUCUGUGUGUUGGUUUAAUCUUCAUCAGUUGUGCUAUGUUCAUCUGCGUUUUGAGGAUGAAGACAAAAUGGUGGGACAAGAUCUCCAAGCCAAAAGUAGAUGCCAGUUUUGGAGAAGAGAAGGGUCAUAUUUUGCCUCCUUCCAUUAUGAACUUCUCCACAAUUCAUGUAGAGAUUCCAAAACUGGAACUUCAGGAAAAGAAAUUGAUCUCAGCGUCAUCAGUAGAUGCAACCAAUGAGAAAAGUUCCCACAGUGUUGAGUCGGCGGCAGACGAUUACGGCCAGGCCGGCUUUGAGGAGAAUUGCAGUCCGAUCAACGUCUCAUCACGCAUCAAACAUGCCCUGGAGGAGGAUUUCAAAUCCCUUCUUUUUACCAGCAACACAGCCAGCAAUCAGGGCACUACGAUGGUAGUCAAGAGUUCCUCAAGAGAACACAACCGCGCAAGCCGAGAUUCGGGCAACUGCUCUGGCUCAUCGGUUUUCAGCAACAUGACGUAUUUGGAAUCGGCCACUGAUGAUUCUUCAUUCCUGGAGCAGCUGAGCAGUCAAUCCGACAAGAGGGAAAACUCCUCUAUGAGUGCUGAUAUCAGCAAGAGCAAGUUUAACUUUCCCACUAUUGAUGCUUUGGAAGACGGAUAUCAGUGCUUCAACAGUGUUGUGAACCAGGGAAAUGAUGCAGAUGUUAGUUUAAACCUUUCAGAUGAUGCUGAUUCUGAUGAAAAGUUCAUUGUGAAAAAUCUCAUCACUAGUAAAAAUCCACUUUAUCCUUCUCUGAUGCUCCAUGAUGGCAGCGUCACACCAAGUGAUGAUGGAUAUCAAGCUUUUGAAGGCUUAACAAAGAGCACAGAAGGACAAUGGAGCACAAGCAUCAGAACCGAACAAGCUCUUAAUGAAUGUGGAGCACUGAAAUUCCCCCACAGCACUGGCCAAGAUCCCACAUGGGCCUCUUCUUUGCAUUUCUCACCCAUUACUCAAAUAGACACUUCCUAUCAGUCUGUUUAGCUGUGGUGCAAACAACUGAAAUAUUGAAUUAUCUCUGUAUGUAACCUUUACAGUUACAAAGAAAUAUGACCAGUAAUAAGAUCUAUGCAAAUGUUCAUUGUGUAGACUCAAAUUCAAGACCUUCAAUUUAGGUUUCACUGUUUCUACACAAAGACUUUGAGCAGUGUCUAAAAUGCUUGAAGAGGUCAUCAUGGAUUACUAUUCUUGACAUUCAUUUUUCUUUAUUAUUGUACAGUUUUUCAUACACAAUGUCAAAUGUGACCCUGAGUCACAUUUGCAAAUGCAAAUUUUAAAGGCAUGGUAACAAGGCCAAGACGGUUCUUAUCAUACAGUGCCACUAAAACAAAUGAUAGGUAUUUGCUUAUUCAUCUGUACAGUUACAAUGUAUCAUUCCUUUGGAAGUAUCACCAAUAAUAGGAAACUUUCGGUUUAGUAAUUAAAUGUUUCAUAAAUUCAACAAAAAGAGGCUCUGUGCCUUAAAUAAUCUAGGAGGUCAUGUAUUACUUUUUCUGUCAUUCAUAUUUUUGUAUUGCUAAAAAGGCAUUUCUGAGCAUAUAUUUCAUAUCUCAGUCUGUAAAAGAAGGAUUUUUCUUUUGUGCAUUGUUUUUUUUGUUUGUUUUUUUUUUUUUUUUUUUUUUUUUACAAAAACAAGAAAAAGUCUGUAUAUAUGAUAUAUUUAGAUAUAGAUGACUGUUAUAUUUUUGUUAAAAUCUUAAACAGGAAAAAACUUAGCUUGGACAGUUCACAGACAGUACUUAUCAGCCUGUUUAACAAUACUGUCAAAUGAUAGACACAUGCUUAAAACUUACAUUAUUUUUGUAUGUAGUCUUAUGUAGUUGUUCUGUGUACACCAUGGUGUUUUAACAUACAAACUAAAGCACUCUAAAUAUUUUCAAUAAGAGCAAUGUAAAUACAGUGCUAUGAUUAUACUUUUCUAAAGUAAAACCUCAGAAUGGUGAAA